GCCAGGAUGAUAAAGCGAUUGUUUGUUAUUUGAUUGGGCAUGAGUACGUGAGCCUUCGGGGUCCUGGGCGGGUCGCAGUGGACACCUAAGAUGGCGGCGCUCUGGCUCGCCGGCUCUGCUAAAAACAACAACUCCAGGAUUCUUGCAACAGUAGCUCUGGUAUGUGUAUUCUUCUUGGUUGUGAAUGCUGACUCGAAGGCAGUGACAACAACGCUAACUACCAAGUGGCCAUCUACACCAUUGUUACUGGAAGCAAGUGAAUUUUUGGCUGAGGAAAGCAAAGCUAAAUUCUGGGAUUUUGUGGAUGCUGCUCAAGAAGUCCAUCAAGAGGAUGAUGAAGGAACCGAUAUUUCGUAUUACAACCACAUUCUGCAGAAAGCUGGUGAGUUUUUGACUCCUGUACAGGCCAAUCUUCUGAAGUUUGCCUUAUCCCUUCGGGCUUAUUCGGCCAUUGUUCAGAUGUUUCAGCAGAUUGCGGCAGAGGAGCCCCCUCCAGAAAACUGUUCUGCUUUUAUAAAUGUGCACGGGGAGAAGAUCUGCAGUCCUGACAAGUUGGAGGCUGUUCUUCAGAAUGCCCUGGAGAGACCUGGCCCUUAUUUGUUUAAAGUGGAUCAUAUUAAGGCACCUUUAAGAAAUGAACUUCCAUUUGUGAUUCUCUACGGUGAGAUUGGUACCGAAGAGUUUUCCAGGUUCCACAAGCUUCUCUGCUCCAAAUCAGAUGAGGGAAGGGUCAACUACGUACUCCGGCAUUAUGUUGCUCAUUCAAGUCAGGAGAAGGUAUUCCUUUCUGGUUAUGGUGUUGAGCUUGCCAUUAAAAGCACAGAAUACAAGGCCAAAGAUGACACACAAGUGACAGGUUUUGAACUGAACACCACAGUGAUAAAUGAAAAUGAUCCUGUUGAUGAAGUGCAAGGGUUUCUUUUCGGCAAGCUGAAACAGCUUUACCCCGAGAUCAAAGAACAGCUUAAGGAACUGAGAAAGCACUUGAUUGAAAGCACAAAUGAGAUGGCUCCUCUUAAAGUCUGGCAACUCCAAGACCUAAGCUUUCAAACUGCUGCUCGAAUCCUGUCUGCACCAACAGACGAUGCAUUGAUGGUUAUGCGUGAUCUGAGCCAAAAUUUUCCAACUAAGGCCAGAUCUAUAACCAGGACUGUUGUGAACUCUGAUAUGAGGAAAGAAGUAGAAGAAAAUCAACGGUUUUUCAAAGAAACUCUGGGCCUGCAUCACGGUGACUCUGCACUUUUCAUCAAUGGUCUUACUAUUGAUCUUGAUGUGCAAGAUGUCUUCAGUGUUCUGGACCUGUUGCGCAAUGAGGCUCGUCUUAUGGAAGGCCUGCAUGAUCUAGGGAUUCAGGGGAAUGAGCUGCAUGAACUACUGAAGUUGAACGUGCAUCCAUCAGACUCGGACUAUGGUGUGGAUAUUCGAAAUCCAGCCAUCUACUGGAUUAACAAUUUGGAAGUGGACAGCAAAUACAGAUCAUGGCCUUCCAGUGUUCAGGAGUUAUUGAGACCUACAUUUCCUGGAGUUAUCCGACAGAUUCGGAAAAACUUCCACAACUUUGUUCUUAUUAUUGACCCGAUGGAUGAGAGCACUCCGGAGUUGCUGACAACUGCUGAAAUGUUUUAUAUUAAUGACAUCCCUCUCAGAAUUGGCUUGGUCUUUGUGGUUGAUGAUUCAGAUGAGGCUGAUGGCUUAAAAGAUCCUGGUGUCGCACUUCUCAGGACUUUUAACUUUGUAGCAGAUGAAUUGGAUAACAUGAAUGCCUUUCAGACAAUCAUUUCGAUUUAUAACAAGGUGAUGCCUGGUGAGAAAUUGACAAUUGAGCAUAUCAUCAGUACCUUGGAAAAGGACUUUGCCAGUGUAGAAGUGACUAGUAUCCUGGGAGCAGAUUCAGCAUAUGACAGAAAUAGAAAGGAAGGGAAAGAUUACUAUAAACAAACAGGCCUUGGCCCUCUGCCAAUUGGCCUCUACAAUGGCAUGCCUUUCCCGAGAGACCAACUGGAUCCUGAUGAGCUAGAAACUGUGAUGAUGCACAGAAUCUUGGAUAACACUGCUUACUUCCAGAAAGUUGUUUACUUAGGUGAAUUGAACAAUGACCACGAUGUUGUUGAUUUCAUAAUGAAUCAGCCGACCAUUGUUCCAAGGAUCAAUCCCAGGAUUCUCAGCUCUGAGAGAGAGUACUUGUCUCUAUCUGCCAAUGCUAAUUAUGGAGUGGAUGAUUAUUCCCGUUUUGCCCUUCUAAAAUCUGAGGAAAAAUCUGCAGCUGUGGCGGACAGUAUGUCUUAUUUGUCUAAAAGAGGGAUUUCUUCGCGAGAGAUCUAUGAUGAUAAGUACAUUCGUCCACUUACAUUUUGGAUCAUCGGAGAUUUUGAUGACUCUUCAGGGCGGCAGUUACUGUAUGAAGCCCUUAAGCAUCUGAAAUCUAGCAGUAACUUAAGAAUUGGAUUGAUAAACAAUCCAAGGAAUGAACCCACCAAAGAGAAUACUGUUAUUGCUCGAGCUAUCUGGGCUGCGCUUAACACACAGAGCGUGAACAAUGCUAAGAACUUCAUCACAAAAUUGACAAAAGAAGAAACUGCAAAAGCAUUGGCUGAGGGGACAGACAUCAUGGAAUUUGCUGUAGGAGGUAUGGAAAAUGCAGCUUUCAAAGAGAUGUUUGAGAGUGUCAGUCUGGAUUUCAUUUUGUCACAUAGUUCGUUUUGUAAGGAUGUAGUGAAAUUGAACAAAGGGCAGAACGCUAUCAUCAGUAAUGGACGAAUUGUUGGUCCUCUGGAAGAAAAUGAAAUCUUCAAUCAGAAUGACUUCCACCUGCUGGAGAGUAUUGCUUCUGAGGCAGCAGAGAAGAUCAAAAUGAAGGUGCAAAUGCUGUCCAUUGAAGAAGAUUUUGCUAAUGAUCUAAUAAUGAAAGUGGACGCUCUAUUGUCAUCCAAAUCCAAAGGAGAGGCAAGGGUUGACCUCCAAUUCUUUGAAGAAAGAUUGAGUGCAAUUAAAUUACGGCCUAAAGAAGAUCAGGUUUACUUUGAAGUAGUGGCCAUUACUGACCCUGUGACCAGAGAUGCUCAGCGACUUGCCCCUUUCCUGUUGGUUUUAAAUCAAUUGAUCAACAUGAACCUUCGUGUGUUUAUGAACUGUCAAGCAAAACUUUCUGAAAUGCCUCUGAAAAGCAUUUACCGCUAUGUUCUGGAACCCGAAAUAACAUUCAAAGCAGAUGGCACUUUUGCACCUGGCCCAGUUGCCAAAUUCUUGGAUAUGCCUCAAACUCCUCUCUUCACACUUAACAUCAACACUCCUGAAAGCUGGAUGGUAGAAUCAGUACACACCUCGUAUGAUCUUGACAAUAUUUAUUUGGAAGAGGUUGAUGGUGGCAUAGCAGCAGAGUAUGAACUGGAGUAUCUUUUGCUGGAAGGACAUUGUUAUGAUGUUUCAACUGGACAACCACCCAGAGGUCUCCAGUUCACGCUGGGUACAAAUGCAAACCCUGUAAUCGUAGACACAAUUGUAAUGGCAAACUUGGGCUAUUUCCAGUUAAAAGCCAACCCUGGUGCUUGGUCACUCAGAUUAAGGAAGGGAAGAUCAGAAGAUAUUUAUAAAAUUUACAGCCAUGAUGGAGCAGACUCGCCUCCUGGUAGUGAUGAAGUAACUGUUGUUCUUGACAGCUUCAAAAGCAAAAUUAUUAAAGUGAAGGUCCAAAAGAAACCUGACAAAAUGAAUGAAGAACUCCUCAGUGAUGGAAAUGUGGAAAAUGAAGGCUUCUGGGAAUCCAUUAAGAGAGGAUUCACAGGAGGUCCAAAAUCUGAAGAAGUAAAAUCAGACAAAGAAGAUGUCAUUAAUAUCUUCUCAGUUGCAUCGGGUCACCUGUAUGAGAGGUUUCUAAGAAUAAUGAUGCUGUCUGUCCUGAAGUACACUGAAACACCAGUGAAGUUCUGGUUCCUUAAGAAUUACCUCUCACCAACAUUCAAGGAAUUUAUCCCACACAUGGCAAAGAAGUAUGGUUUCCAAUAUGAACUAGUACAGUACAAAUGGCCCAGGUGGCUUCACCAACAGACUGAGAAGCAAAGAAUCAUAUGGGGUUACAAGAUACUCUUCCUGGACGUGCUUUUCCCACUGGCUGUUGACAAGAUUUUAUUUGUGGAUGCGGAUCAAAUAGUGCGUGCUGACUUAAAGGAGCUGCGCGAAUUGGACCUUGAGGGAGCUCCCUAUGGGUACACUCCUUUCUGUGAUAGUCGUAAGGAAAUGGAUGGGUAUCGGUUCUGGAGGUCAGGUUAUUGGGCAAAUCAUCUGCAGGGAAGAAAGUACCACAUAAGUGCCUUAUAUGUAGUGGACUUAAAGAAAUUCAGAAAAAUUGCUGCUGGCGAUCGACUCAGAGGACAGUAUCAAGGCCUCAGUCAAGACCCCAACAGCCUGUCCAAUCUUGACCAGGAUUUGCCUAACAACAUGAUUCAUCAAGUGCCUAUUAAAUCCCUUCCACAACAUUGGCUGUGGUGUGAGACAUGGUGUGAUGAAGCAUCUAAGAAGAAAGCUAAAACUAUUGAUUUGUGCAAUAACCCUAUGACUAAAGAGCCCAAAUUGGAAGCAGCUAUGCGAAUUGUCCCUGAAUGGCAGGACUACGAUCAAGAAAUUAAACAAUUCCAGAGGCUGUUGCAAGAGGAGAAGUUGAAUGGACGAACUCGUGCCAGUACGAAAGAUCAUGUCCCACAUUCUGAGCUCUGAGAUGUGAACAUGAGACCAGUUUAACUCUGUUCAAGGAGUUGUUCUUUUAUUCCUACAUGAAAUCUCCUCAAAUAUGGCAAAGCUCCAAGAUUGGAAUGAGAAUGUACAAUUAGUUUUGUUCUUUUUUAAGUAUAAGGUGUAUUAUAAUUGGGGUUCGGUUCUGUGGACAGGUAAAGCAAUGAGGUUGCAAGCAUCAUUAGAAAAUGUACAGGUAUUCACCUCAGGGACAAAGAAAAUCAUGCAAAAUUUGACUGUUCUGCAUAUUUGUCAAUGAAGUAUAGGAAAGCCAAGAACUAUAGGGAUAACCUGAGUUCCCAAUAAUAAAAUCUUUAAAUCUUUCAAAGUAUAGAUUUUCAGAUUCCUGGAUUUAACUUAUCUCCAUUAGUCAGUGCAAUGUUGGUGAGGCCUGAAACUCAUUUACAGCAUCUGUCUGUCUUUUUCUCUUUACCCCUCCCUCUCCCACUUCCCACACUCCCCCUCCCCUCCCCCUGCCACCCCCACUCUCCCUCUCUCUCUCUCUCCCCUCCCCUGCUUGCUCGCUUACUCACUCUCUCUCACUCAAACACACGCACGCACACAUGCAAAUACAACUUCUUACCUUCUGUUUCGCUUACCUGCCCUAUGUGUUUUUGUCAUACAUAUGAUGUGUUACUCUCUACUGACUGACCACCAGAUCAAGAUGAAUUUCUGUUUGAAGUUAAUAUAUUCUAUUCUACAAGCUAUGCUUUCAGCAUGAUACUCAGAAGCUUCAGUUGUGAUGUUAAAUACAUCAGUGUUUUGAGUAUUCCAGAUAACAUAAUGCAAAACUGCGAUGCAAAUGGGAUGUUAGGUUGAGGAAUAGGUAUUUUAUAUUGUUUGGUAUUUUUUACUCUAGAAAACAGUUCUGCUUUGAAAGGUGUUAAAUGCAGCUCACUGUCUGAUGUAUAGAUUUUAGAAUAUUUGCACACUAGAAUUUAUUGAUAAUGUAUAUUUGUUGUUUGCGCCUCCACAAUCAAGAACUCAAAAGUUGCUCUACUGUCAAGCAUACAUUGGAAGCCUUCAACUAAUGCAAUUCAAACCUAAUUUUCACAAUGCCAGUUUUCAGUAUGUACAAAUUUACUAUUGUAUCCUUUCAGAAUAAUCAACAGCCAGAUUACUGCCUCCAUAAAUAAUUCAAAGUGCAUUUCAUAACACAAGUCACAGUUCCUAUGAUGCAUGUACAUUACUGUUUUGUGAUUUCUAGAUUUUCUUUUUUGUUCACUCUGCUUAAUUGCAGUAUAACAGGGAGGAAGAUUAGUAAAGAAUUCUUUAUUUAUUCUUGAAGAAAUUUGCAAGAACGCAAUUGUUUGUGUCAUUACUGAUAUAGAUUAUGUCCAAAACUGGUAUAUCGCUGGUUUGGUAGCACACUUUAUGGAAGGAAAUUCUUAUCAUGCUUAACUAUAGAGAAUAUUACCUGAAGCUUGUGUACAAAUCUGAGCCAGUUGGAUUUUACUGUUUUCCCAUUGUUUUGGUCAAAGUAUGAAGUUUGCUUUCUUUGAGUACCAUUUCAGUGAUAGAACAUGAACUAUUCACUUUGGCCUCGAGGUAUGAUAUUGUUUCAGAUGCAAUUCCAUUAUUAAGUGUUUCAGUGAAAUGUGGAUAUUUCUGAUGCCAAAGUGUACAGAAGCUGAACUAUAAAUUUUCAAUAUCUGCCUGAUGGAAAGCAUUAACUGAACCAUUCCUUAAUUAGAUAGUAUGACGUUGACUGUCACAUAUUAAUCAUUCUUUUUUUAUUUUGAUAUUAUUUGCACUCUGCUUUUUCUGUUGGGAUUGUUUUCCUACACUGGAAAGGAAAGAGAUUUGCAAGUUGGAAAAUGAAUACAAGAGCCUGAAACUUUGAGAAGACAGCACAUUACCGGACAACUAUGUAUCAAAAUUUAGCUUCUGAAUGAUGUUCUGACAGGGUCUAUAGUAUAAAAAACAAAAUUAAAACUGGAGGAAUAGUCAGGUAUUCCAGGGAAGUGGUGCUUUCCUCUCACUGUUGUGAGCAAUGUGUGGUUCUUAUUUCAAAGCUGAAUUUCUGAGUUGCUCAAAUAAAUUGACUUGAGAUAUCUUAAUAGUUUUGGAUCAGAAUGGACAGUUGGCCUUUACUUGUACUGAAGGAAGCUAGUGUGGGAAGUAUUAUUCAGCAGUAACCUUGUGUCCACAGGAAGUGACUGUCUUAUUGAGAUAAUUAAAAACAAAGAUACUUCAAAUGAAGUGUGUAACAUCCAGGCAAUUGAAGUGCUUAUGAGUGGCCUGAAACAUACCAAAAAUUGACCUGGCUCUGAUGUUUUUUUGGGUCCCACUGUUGCUUUGGAAGAAUCUUUCCAGUCCCAGUCAGUGCUAUAAUGUAGAUUUUUUUUAAGGUUAAGAAUGUUCAAUUCAUUAAUAAAUACCAAUGUUUAAAUGUUGCAUGAUUUUAUUUUGCUUUUGAACUUUCACAUUCUACAGCCAAAAUGUGAACUUUUGGGAUAUUUAUGAUUCUGAAUUUUUGUUUUGGAAAAGUCUUUUCAAUAUUUUAUGUAAUUGCAAGACUGUUAUCUGUAAUGUGUAAAAUACAAAUCAAACUCUCUCUUCUA